CUACAAAACACACACUUCAAUUUCUGAAUGUACACGCGUUUGUACAAAUAUACGAUGAUGAUGUUAUUGUCGGAGUCAAUAAUAACAUGAACUUUUCCGAAUUAUUAAUAUUCAUCCAUCAUCAUCAAUCUUUUUUUCUUCUUCCUUUAAAUUUCAAUUCAGUAACCCUAAACUUUCCUUUUUCUCUCGUUGCUCAUAAAGCUUCUAACUCUCGAUCUACGGCGUCGUUUAACCAGCUUGUUAAAUAGAGGGUAUGCUUUUGUUCUUUGUCUUUUGAUUCAGACUCGUUUUUCGUUUGAUCUUUGGAUGAAUUUGGUCUCUUUUGUAUAUUUUCUUCAAAAGAUCUGUGUUUCUUUGUUGUUUGUAUUAGUUUUAACCUCAAUUGUUGACCUAAGCUAGGUCAAUUGAUCGUUACCAAUUGUUGACCUAGGUACCAAUUUUUUGAAUUAUAAUACCUGGUUGAGCUAUGAUGGUUAUCUUGUGAAAUUUGUAUGGUUUAUUUUUUUUAGGGGAUUUGAUUCUUAGUGUAUAAAGAUAGGUUAAGUUUUUUUUUUUUUGCAUUGGUUGUGUUUGAUAAAAAUCCUGAGUGAAAAUGUCAUCUGCUGGUGUCACUACUCUUAGUCCAGUGGAUCCCACUGAACCAUUGUUGUCUCCAAAUGUAUCUCAUUUUCCGUCGUCUUUGGAGGAAAACUCCAUUUUCAUAUUUCUCUCGUUUUCGGGUUCGUUGACGCCUAUUCGUGUUAUGGAAUGGGAUACUAUUGAGUCUGUGAAAUUCAAAAUUCAGAGGUGUGAGAGUCUUCCGUUUUUAACUAACAAACAGAAGUUGGUUUACGCCGGUCGUGAACUUGCUCGGAGUGAUACUUUGCUCAAGGAUUAUGGAGUUACCGAUGGAAAUGUUUUGCAUUUGAUAAUCAAACUUUCAGAUCUUCAGCUCAUCAAUGUGAAGACAUCUUCUGGGAAGGAGUUCACUUUUCAGGUUGAACGAGGUAGGGAUGUCAAGUACAUCAAGCGAAGGAUUGCUAAAAAGGAGAAACAAUUUGAUGACCCUGAGGACCAGGAGCUUGUGUGUAAUGGGGAACGGCUUGAGGAUCAAAAGAUUAUUGAUGAUAUCUGCUGCAAGCAUAAUGAUGCAGUGGUGCAUCUGUUUGUUAGAAAGAAGCAUGCAAAAGUUCAUAGAAGACCCCUUGAGUUGUCCAUUGUAGCAACAGACUUGGCUGAUAAGAAAACUAAAGAUGUUUGCGGAAAUUCUAGUGAUAGAAAAUUUGAUGUUGGUGGUGUGGAAGAUACUCUUUCCAUUCAAAGAGUUGUGCCAAGAAAGCUUCCUGAUAGAGAUUUUCUUUUGGAGCCAAUUAUAAUUAACCCUAAAAUUGAGUUAGCUCCAGUGAUUCAGAAUAUGGUUAACACUGCAUACGAUGGACUAGCUAGUGAGAAUCAUCCAAUAGGAUCUGCAGAAGGUACAGGGGGAGCUUACUUUAUGCUUGAUUCAAUUGGUCAGAGGUAUGUGUCUGUUUUUAAACCUAUUGAUGAAGAGCCAAUGGCUGUGAAUAACCCUCGAGGUCUUCCAUUAUCAUUAAAUGGCGAAGGUUUAAAAAAGGGUACAAGAGUCGGCCAGGGAGCGUUCAGGGAAGUUGCGGCUUAUGUUUUGGAUCAUCCAAUAAGCGGUCGCCGCAAAUUAUUUGGUGAUGUGAAGGGUUUUGCCGGUGUUCCUCCAACUUUGAUGGUAAAAUGCUUGCACAAAGGAUUUAACCAUCCAGGAGACUUGAUUGCUAAGAUUGGAUCCAUGCAGAUGUUUGUGAAAAAUAACGGGAGCUGCGAAGAUAUCGGUCCUGGGGCUUUCCCAGUAAAUGAAGUACACAAAAUUACUGUACUGGACAUGAGAUUGGCAAAUGCAGAUAGACAUGCUGGGAAUAUUUUGGUCAGCGCAGAGGAGCACAAUGACCAGCCUGCUCUGAUUCCAAUUGAUCAUGGAUACUGCUUGCCCACAAGUUUUGAAGAUUGUACCUUUGAAUGGCUUUACUGGCCCCAAGCCCGGAAACCAUAUUCCGCGGAAACUAUUGAGUACAUAAAGUCACUGAAUGCUGAAGAAGAUAUUGCACUUUUGAAGUUUCAUGGAUGGGAUUUGCCAAUUGAAUGUGCCCGCACUCUUAGAAUCUCGACCAUGCUUUUGAAGAAAGGGGUUGAGAGAGGAUUGACACCUUUUGCAAUUGGAAACUUGAUGUGCAGGGAAUCAUUGAACAAAGAAUCUGUGAUAGAAGAAAUAGUUGAAGAAGCAUUGGAUUCUGUUCUUCCGGGCACAAGUGAAGCUACAUUGCUGGAUGCUGUUUCUCAAAUUAUGGAUCGGCGUCUUCAUAAUAUUUUCAACUCUCCUUUUUAACAAGAGCUGAGUUCUGCAAUAGUAGCAGGUAUAUAAAUAUGUGUGUGCAAUAGUACAUAUAUGUAUAGUUCAAGUAAUCGGAUUUUAAUUCAUAACAAAGGAGGUUUGUUUUCUUCGGUUGGAAUUUCACUCCAUUCUUUGCUAUAGCUUCAUAGGUUUUUCACUUUUUUGUAGUUUCCUACUGAUAACAAAUUCUUUCAGAGUUUGUAGUUGAUUUCUUUAUUAAAUUUGAAUUUCAAGGAUAAUAGACAAACCUUUCCCUGUUUGGAUUGUAAGUUGAUAUUCUGAUUUCUCGAACUGGUGUUGUGUUGUUUCAAACUACUUGGUUGUGCUCGCUAGGUGUGAAGAUGUUGUUACAAUGUUUGGAUAUAAAAUGUAAUCAACAUUGUCAUAUUGCAAGUUACAUCUAGAUAAUUUGAGAAAUAUAUUUUUCUCUAUUUUCUAA